UUUGGGAUUGAGCCUUAAUCUGAUAAUACGUGCGGUACAGGUCUUGCUCACGACAUUUCAUUAAUUCUCAAAUGGGCUAGACAGUGAGAAGAGACAGUCUCGCUGAAGGACUGGGCGUUUUAUUUCACUGCUGUGAGUACAGUGUGUGAUGGUUUGUUCAGUGCUGUCGGUGUUUGAGUGUUUAUCCACCGCGGAGAGUUGCUUAAUGAGGAGGAGUCUCACUAACUAUCUUACUAACAAGCCAAGUGUGUGAGGGUUGUUGUUAGCUAACGCCGCCGUGGAUACUCUUAUUAAAAAGAGGAAGCAUGAUGUACAGAGGCGGGCUGAGCUCCGUGACCCUGUGUGUGGACGGGAUGACAUGUGGCUCCUGUGUCCAGACCAUAGAACAGCAGAUUGGGGGACUGCCAGGCGUAAUCCACAUAGAGGUGUCCUUGGAGCACAAGAAUGCCACAGUGAUAUUUGACCAAGCACUUCACACUCCGAAAUCUUUAGCAGACGCCAUUGAGGACAUGGGCUUUGAGUCGAGUGCAACAAAUGCUACUCCAGCCACGGUUGUUCAAACAGAAACGGGGCUGUUUCCUGUCAGCAGCUGUAGCGCAGAAUCUCUCUCUCAGCUCUGCCAGCUAAAGGGUGUACUGGAGGCCAAGGAGAAUGGCGAAGACAGGAACCUCGCUGUCACAUUCAUCCCAGGUCUUGUGAGUGUCGAGAGAAUCCAGGAAAUGCUGAAUACACUGUCCAACUCUGGCAACACUUCCACAGAUCAGGCAAGUUCCCGUAGUUCUGGUAGUGUGGAGUUGCUGAAGAUGCGCAUUGAGGGCAUGACCUGUCUGUCCUGCACCACCACCAUUGAGGGCAAGAUUGGAAAGUUAAAAGGAGUUCAGAAGAUUAAAGUAAAUCUUGAGUCCCAGGAAGCCUCAGUGUCAUACUUGCCUUACUUCAUCACUGUGGAUGAGAUCGUGAAGCAGAUCGGUGUAGCAGGCUUCAAGGCCUCGGUGAAGUCCAAGCCUCGUCAGUUACAGCUCUCUUCAUUGGAUCGCCUACUAAAUGCCUCACGAUCUAUGCAUUGUUCUCCAGAGGGGAGCACCAGUGAGGAGGCUGUAGACUUCACCACCUCCAUCACCACAUUAAUAAACGUUACAGGAAUGCAUUGUAACUCGUGUGUGGUGAACAUCCAAGACAAUAUAGGCAAGCUGCUAGGAGUCGGCUCGGUGCAGGUCUCCUUGGAGAAGGGACAGGCUGUAAUCCAGCACAAUCCAAAUUUAGUUACGGCACUAGAGCUACAGAGGGCCAUUGAAGUGCUGCCACCAGGGAAAUUUAAGACCCAGUUAUCCUUAUGCGAGGCCACAUCACCAGCUUCUCCCUCAGAACAAUCCCUCGCGACGUCAUCUAACUUCUUGCAGCCGCUGGAUUCUGUAGUUCAAAUCCACAUAGAGGGAAUGACCUGUAACUCGUGCGUGCAGACCAUUGAGAGCACCAUCUCUCAGAAGAAAGGUGUGAGAUCAGCUCAGGUGUCCCUGGCUAACCAUCAGGGUACGUUUGAUUACGAUCCACUGAUCAUCACAUCGGAAGAACUGCGAGCAGCGAUUGAGGAUAUGGGCUUUGAUGCGUUUCUGCCUGAGACGAAUUCAUUGGUGCCGUCAGAAGCGAAAAGUCCUCCAUCUGUACAGAAAUCUGCUUCGUCCCCCGCACUCUCCACCAAAAAGGAGAAGGAAGUGGAGAUCGAUGCUGAGUCAGCAACAAAUACACAUUCCAAAUGUUUCAUCCAGAUUGGUGGGAUGACGUGCGCCUCAUGCGUAGCCAACAUCGAGAGGAACCUCAAAAACGAGCCUGGUAUACACUCUGUGUUGGUGGCGCUGAUGGCUAGUAAAGCGGAAGUGCGCUAUAACCCCGGUGUCAUCGACCCGCUGAGGAUAGCGGAGUGCAUCAAAGAGCUGGGCUUCACUGCCUCCGUUAUGGAGAACUAUGAUGGCUCCAAUGGCACCCUUGAGCUUGUGGUCAGAGGGAUGACAUGUGCCUCAUGUGUCCACAAAAUCGAGUCUAGCCUAAUGAAACAGAAAGGCAUCGUCUACGCCUCUGUGGCCUUGGCAACAAACAAAGCUCAUGUCAAAUAUGACCCGGAGGUGACGGGCCCUCGGGACAUAAUGAGAUUGAUUGAGAAUUUGGGUUUUGAAGCCUCUCUGGUGAAGAAAGAUCGCCCAGGAAGUCAUCUGGAUCACAGCAGAGAGAUACAGCAGUGGCGGAGAUCUUUCCUCAUCAGCCUGGUGUUCUGUGUUCCUGUUAUGGGCAUGAUGAUGUACAUGAUGGUGGUGGACCACCAGAUUGAGGUGAUGCACCAUCACAACGCCACACCGGAGGACAGGCAGAUGUACCACUCCAGCAUGUUCCUGGAGAGACAGCUUCUCCCUGGCCUGUCCAUCAUGAACCUGCUCUCCUUCCUUUUCUGUCUGCCUGUGCAGUUCAUAGGAGGCCGUUACUUCUACACCCAAGCAUACAAAGCACUGAAGCACCGGACUGCGAAUAUGGACGUGCUGAUAGUCCUGGCCACUUCUAUAGCCUUCACUUACUCUGUGGUCAUUCUGAUGGUGGCCAUGAUAGAGAAGGCAAAGCUCAACCCCAUCACCUUCUUUGAUACACCACCAAUGCUCUUUGUGUUCAUCUCACUGGGAAGGUGGCUGGAGCAAAUAGCCAAGAGUAAAACAUCAGAAGCUCUAUCCAAGCUAAUGUCCUUACAGGCGACCGAGGCCACUGUUGUCACUUUAAAUGAGGACACAAUGACUGUUUUGAGUGAAGAGCAGGUGGAUGUGGAGCUGGUGCAGAGGGGUGAUAUAGUGAAAGUGGUGCCCGGUGGAAAGUUCCCAGUAGAUGGGAGAGUAAUUGAAGGGCACUCGAUGGCAGACGAGUCGCUCAUCACAGGUGAAGCCAUGCCCGUGACGAAGAAGCCAGGAAGCACAGUGAUCGCAGGCUCCAUCAAUCAGAACGGCUCUCUGCUGAUCCGAGCCACGCAUGUGGGCACAGAUACUACACUCUCCCAGAUUGUCAAGCUGGUGGAGGAGGCACAGACCUCAAAGGCUCCCAUUCAGCAGUUUGCAGAUAAGAUCAGUGGCUACUUCGUCCCCUUUAUUGUAGGCGUCUCUGUGCUCACCCUCAUUGCCUGGAUUGUGAUUGGUUUUGUAGACUUCUCUGUGGUGAAGAAAUACUUCCCAGAUUAUGAUAGGAGUGUGUCUGAAGCAGAGGCGAUCAUCCGCUUUGCCUUUCAGGCCUCUAUUACUGUGCUUUGCAUCGCCUGCCCUUGCUCUCUCGGCCUGGCGACCCCCACAGCAGUGAUGGUUGGCACAGGAGUCGGGGCACAGAACGGCAUCCUCAUCAAAGGCGGGGAACCUCUUGAGACGGCACAUAAGAUUCAGUCUGUUGUUUUUGAUAAAACGGGCACCAUUACCUAUGGAACCCCCAAAGUAGUGCAGGUGAAGAUGGUUGUGGAGGGGAACCGGAUGGCUCGCUCCAAACUACUAGCGAUUGUGGGCACGGCAGAGAACAACAGCGAGCAUCCGCUAGGGGCCGCAAUCACCCGCUUCUGUAAACAGGAGCUGGGCACGGAGUCACUGGGCACUUGUACUGAUUUCCAAGCAGUACCGGGUUGUGGGAUCAGGUGCCAGGUUAGCAACAUGGAGAGCCUGCUGAAGAGAGAGGACAGUGACGGUGAGGAGAAUGAGCGCAACGCCAUCCUCGUGCAGAUCAGUGACCCCAGAGCCAGCUCCAGCUCUCACCCGCUCAUCAUGGACCCAGAGCCACUGACUUUGGUGCAGUCAGCCUCGUACACAGUCCUGAUCGGUAACAGGGAGUGGAUGAGACGCAACGCCCUGCACAUACGGCCUGAAGUGGACGACGCCAUGAUCGAACACGAGAGGAGGGGGCGAACUGCUGUACUGGUGGCUGUGGAUGGUGUGCUGUGUGCCAUGGUUGCCAUAGCAGACACGGUGAAGCCAGAAGCUGAGCUGGCUGUACAAACUCUCACCUCUAUGGGCCUGGAGGUGGUGCUGAUGACUGGCGACAACAGCAAGACAGCACGAGCCAUUGCAGCACAAGUUGGCAUUAGGAAGGUGUUCGCCGAGGUGUUGCCCUCUCACAAGGUGGCAAAAGUGGAACAGCUGCAGCUGGCAGGGAAGCGCGUGGCCAUGGUGGGAGACGGCGUGAACGAUUCGCCAGCUCUGGCCAAGGCAGACGUGGGCAUCGCCAUUGGCACGGGCACUGACGUGGCUAUUGAAGCAGCAGACGUGGUGCUCAUCAGGAACGAUCUCCUGGAUGUUGUUGGGAGCAUUGACUUGUCAAAGAAGACAGUCAAAAGGAUCCGUAUUAACUUUGUAUUUGCACUAAUCUACAAUCUUGUAGGAAUUCCUAUUGCAGCUGGUGUGUUCAUGCCGAUAGGACUGGUGCUGCAGCCGUGGAUGGGUUCUGCUGCUAUGGCAGCUUCUUCUGUGUCUGUGGUCCUUUCCUCCCUUUUACUCAAAUGUUACACUAAGCCCAGUGCUGAGAAGCUGGAGCAGCAGAUAUGCGGGCAGCGUAAACAGGGCAGCCUUUCAGACGUCAGCGUUCACAUUGGCAUGGGCGAACUGCGCCGUCCUUCGCCCAGACUUAGCUUACUCGACCGGAUUGUCAACUACAGCCGAGCCUCUAUCAACUCCCUGCGCUCAGACAAGCACUCACUCAACAGCAUAGCCCUGAGUGAGCCUGACAAACACUCGCUGCUCGUAGCUGGAGCUCACUGUGAUGAGGACAUCGUCUGAUGGGGCGUUACCAAGAGCGACAUGACUACUUAACACACCUCAAUGCCUGUAGUCUGUAGGGGAGGAGCCAAAGUGUGAUCUCAUGCACACACACGUCACACCAGUUCUGCUUAAAGCUGCAUGACUCGCUGUGGCAUCUUCUCACUAGAAGUUCAUGCACCAGUCUCCAUGUCUCUGCGGCACCCUGUGUGUAACCUGUGUGAACCUAGAGCCAAAACAAGGAAAAAGUAGGAACUCUAUCAGAGAUAUGAUGAUCACGUGGCUGUUUUUUUAAAAUGACAAUCUACACAGCAACCCAAAGAAUUUUGGACAUGCCACAUUUUAUUUCUGCGACAAUUGUGUUGAGUUUUAAGACUUUAAUUAAAUAUUUAUGAUGUCACUUAUUUAUACUUUAUAAUGUAGGAAAUGUAACAAAGGAAGUUAGAGAUAUUAUAAUUUUAUUUAUCCAGAUAUUUUUCCACUGACAAUUUUGCCUCUGAUCAGCAAAUGUACAUUAGUUACGUUUACCAUGCUCAGUGUUCAGAUACUCAAACUUCAAUAGCCUUGGUGCUGCUUUUCUGACUCCAUCCUCAGAGAGUAACUCAGUAAAGUUUUUGAUUUUGGGCCUUGACUAUCGACAUAAGAUAUAACACAUUCCAAAGAUGGCGUUUGACCUCUUACCUCUAAAGAAGAAAUGAAAAACCUUGAGUGAAAAUUGCUUAAUUAAAAUUAGUAAGCCUGGAUGAAACAAAUCCUGCAGGCUUUCUCAGUCAUAUUACUUCUUUGAUAUAGCAGCCUUUUUUUUUUUUUUUUUUUUUUGCUUUCUUUUAUUUAUUUUUUUUUUAAAUACAUAUGUUACAAAUGAGCGAGGUGGAUACUCAAGCCCUUGCUGAAAUUAUUAGAAGGAAAAAAAAAUCACAUAGUUGCUAUUUAUUUAUUCAGAUAUGCCUUGAUAAAGUAACCGAGUCAGUAGUAAUUGUAAGUGCUUCUGUCACUGUUAUGGUUUCUCAUUUAUAAGGUUUUCUACACUUUCUUUUUCAAAUUUCAUCACCUGAAUUGUCCCUGUAGCUCAACCCAAAUCACUACUUAAGCCAAGUUAAAAUAAUGUGCCGGAAAAUCGAGAAACUGCCCAUGACGAUUUGAAUCAUCUUACGAUUUAGAGUUGAUUUCUACCAGAUUCACACUUUUCAUCACUCACUGAUUACACUAAAGUCAUUGGGAAGAAAGCUGCUAAGGAAAUCAAACUUUGUAAGUUUAAUUAGAUCUAAUUGCAUUAGGGUUCUGUUGUGGUGGGUACACCAAGGUGACAGUCAGGUGACAAGUUGGGAUAAAACACAAUGGUGAUUUAUUAACAAUAAAUAAACAAUAAACACCUCUGAAGAAAUUACUCAAUCAAGAGAAAGAUAGUGGCAGCUUAUUAGCACAGGUUUCUAAAUUAGGGAAGGGGUUUACAUAAUAGUAGGAAAAAAAAAUUAAAAACAAAUGGAUCACAUUUUAUCAAACACUUAUACAGUGCGUUAUAUAAAAUAAUGUUAACCAAUUAACAUGCUAAUGCUAAUCGGAGAGACCAUUUUCAGAAUUUUUAGAAUAAUAUGAAUGUCCUUAUUUUCAAACCAUAGAGAGUGAUGGAUGAAAGUAGAUUGUUUUUGAGCUGCUAUUCGUGCAUUAUGUUGAGGCCAUGGGGUCUGGUUUUUUUUUUUUUUUCUUUUUCUUUUCUCUUCUCUUUUUCCCCCUACUCAGUGAAGGAUGCUUCUGGUUUUAAAGUUACACAUUAAAGUUACAGCAAACCCCUAGGCUUUAAAAUAUUGACCAUGGGGAGGGGAAAAGAAUGAAUAUUUUAUAAUCACACAGUGGGAAAGUAACUUUAUCCAGUUUUUUUGCCAAUAUAAUAUCAGGAGUUUUAAAAAAAAAAAGUCAACUUUAUUAUCAUUAUGUAUAUGACACAAUGAAUUGAAG